AUGGCGGACGGACACGUUUUUCUAGCUCCGAACGCUGAUCGCUUUUUCUCCAGGCCGCGGCUUGUUAGGACCAGUUCCUUGCCUGAUUUGAGUAAGGUAUACACUGACUCAACUCUGGUAGUCGCUAAUCGGAUCAGUAACCAGAAUAUGUCUACUUCUGUGCCCGAUUAUGGUUCGCUUUCUUCGCCCUGUGAAUUGAGUGAAAUGGCUGCUAUCAAGAAUGCAUUAAAUGGACGGUCCAUCAACUCCCUGAAGGUGGAAGAUCUAAGGGACGAACUUGAGAAAAGAAAGCUUUCCAAAUCUGGCAGGAAAACUGAGCUGGUUAAAAGACUCAAGGAAUCGAUUUUGACAGGAUUUGGUGAAAUUCAAAUUCCCCGCCAGAAUGUCAACCAACCGUCACCUCGGCCUUCGGCUGUUAUAAACCUGGACGACACUAGCAGCAGCCCAGAACAACAGAGUCACACAUGCGAUGGC